AUGUACCCCCCAUUCCACCUCAAAACAACCCUCCCCCUCCUCCUCCUCCCCCUCGUCCACUCCCAAAACCACAGCAUCCCCCUCUACCCCCCCUCAACCUGCGACAUAACCGCCUACCCAGCCCUCACAAUAGCCCACCCAGGCACACCCUACACCCCACAACUUCCCACGCCCGAACUAAGCAUCAUCCUCGCCGCCAUCUCACCCACCAACAUCGAGGCCAUCAUCGAGAAACUUGUGACCUUUGGAACGCGCCACACGCAAUCGGACCAAACGUCCCCAACACGCGGGAUAGGAGCCGCGAGAGAUUGGUUGUUGUCCGAGUACCAGGGGUUCGCGGAGGAGAGUGAGGGCUGGAUGGAGGUCGAGUUGCAGAGUUAUAUACAGCCGGCUGGGGGACGGUUGACGGCUGAUACGAAUAUCAGUAACAUCGUCGCGACGUUGAGGGGGAGUGAGGAUCCGGGGAGGAUUAUUGUUGUUUCGUAAAUAUCUCCCCCUCCUCCCCCCUCUUUUCUCCCCUCAUGUUCUCGGCUCGUAGACUAACAAAAGGCAAAGGGGCCAUUAUGAUUCUCGCUGUCUGGAUGUCAUGGAUACCACCAGCGAUGCACCCGGUGCAGACGANUUCUCCCCUCAUGUUCUCGGCUCGUAGACUAACAAAAGGCAAAGGGGCCAUUAUGAUUCUCGCUGUCUGGAUGUCAUGGAUACCACCAGCGAUGCACCCGGUGCAGACGACGAUGCAUCCGGUGUAGCGAUUUCCAUGGAGUUGGCGAGGAUUAUGGCCAAGUAUCGACCGGCGGCGACGAUCAAGUUUGUUGCUGUUGCUGGGGAGGAACAGGGUCUUUAUGGGUCCGGCUAUUUGGCUCAGAGUUUGGCGAAUGCUAGUGCGAAUGUUCAGGGGAUGUGGAGUAAGUUGACUGAGUCCAUUUUGUUGUUUGUGGGGUUUGUGAUGUUGUUCUAUCAUCCAUUGUAUCGGGAUCCUUUUUUUUGUGUUUUCAUUCGAGUGGAAUGAAAGGAGGGACCAGAAUCUGAGAGGCGUUUUCUCACUGGAGAAAAAACCCAAGAGCACUUCCUAGAAACCCUACGUCUGUCUCGGCUAAAAAAAGAGAACCCCCACAAAACAACCAACCAAAGACUAACACACCCCCCAGCAAACGACAUAGUAGGCUCCCCAAUCGGCGAAGACGCCCGCAACAACUCCAACACAAUCCGCAUCUUCUCCCAAGGAAUCCCCACCAACGAGUCCUCCCUCAACGCCCCCCGCCGCCUAACCAUCGGCGGCGAAAACGACUCCCCUUCCCGCUCCCUCGCCCGCUUCACGCAGGAAGUAGCCUCCAACUCCAUAACCAACAUGUCAGUAGAACACAUCUACCGCACGGACCGGUACCUACGCGGAGGGGACCACUCGCCCUUCCUCUCCGCCGGCUACGCCGCCGCGCGCUUCACGGAGCCGCGCGAGAACUUCGCACACCAGCACCAGGACGUGGUGGUGCGGAAUGGCACGCAGUAUGGGGAUUUACCGGAAUUCUGUGAUUUCUACUAUAUCAGUCGGGUGGGGAAGGUGACGGGGGCGGCGGUGUGGAGUCUGGCGAAUGGACCGGGGAAUCCGGGGAAUGUGACGAUCGAUACGAGUGCGUUGACGAAUGACUCGACGUUGAGGUGGUCGAAGGUUGCUAGUGCCGUUGCGUAUGAGAUUGUCUGGAGGCCGACGGGGGGUGCGGUUUGGACGCAUGUUAUUGAGGUGGGCGAUGUGACGAGUGCGAUGGUGGGGGUUAGUAAGGAUAAUGUUGUUUUUGGGGUGAGGAGUGUGGCUGCGAAUGGGUAUAAGAGUCCGGCUGUGUUUCCAUUUCCUGCGUAG